GUCUUGGCCGCCUGGUUUAGUGACUGAAGUAGACUGAUGUGGUCUGGUCCAUUUCUCGGAUAUGGCUAACCACCAUUUCCUCCAUUUCUUAACAAGGUAGAAAUUAUUAAUCAGUAGUUGGAUGAUUUGUUCACGUUGAAAUGAAACUCGACUUAACAAGUGAUAGCGACGACUCUAUAAGCAGCCAAAAUCCGCCCCUAUUGCUACCUGUCGACACACAAAUCGUUUAGCUCAAAAAGAAUUAAAAAACUUUCAACAAAGCAACCUAAAGUUUAUAUCUUAUUAUAUAGAACCAAAAAUCGAGAAAUUAGUAAUAUCAUCAAAUAUAUUCCAUAGUCAUCUCAGCCUCAACACACAUAUAUAGAGAGCCAGCAUCACAAACACAGAGGUUCCAAAAAUAAAUAAAAAGGCAUAAUAAAUUCUGGUUAGAUGACAGAAGGAAGGGAAUAUUCUCCGGUGAGGAUGUCGGGAGAUCCUUUUAUGGCCAUGAAGAAGAUGAAGAAGAGUAACCACAACAAGAACAAUCAGAGAAGGUUUAGUGACGAGCAGAUCAAAUCACUAGAGAUGAUGUUUGAGUCUGAGACGAAGCUAGAGCCAAGGAAGAAGGUUCAGUUAGCCAGAGAGCUUGGCUUGCAGCCUAGGCAAGUGGCUAUAUGGUUUCAGAACAAGAGGGCUCGUUGGAAGUCGAAGCAGCUCGAGACAGAGUUCAACAUCCUCAGACAAAAUUAUAACGACUUGGCUUCUCAGUUUGAGUCUCUAAAGAAAGAAAAACAAGCUUUAGUCUCUGAGUUGCAUAGAUUAAACGAGGAGGUGCAGAAAACAAACGAGGUGGAAAGACUGUGUUGCGGUGAUCAAGCCGCGAUGGUGGCUCUAAGCAGCACAAAUCAUGAAUCAGAGAAUGAAGAGAACACGAGGCGUGAACCGGAGGAAGAGGUCAGGCCAGAGAUGGAAGUGUGUGAGAAGGGUCACGAUGGGGUUGUGAGUGGUCAUCAUAAUGAUGAUGAUGAUGGUGGGUUCAAUAACAACAUCAAGAGAGAGUAUUUUGGAGGGUUUGAGGAAGAAGCAGAUCACUUGAUGAACAUUGUGGAGCCAGCUGAUAGUUGCUUGACAUCAUCUGAUGACUGGGGAGGUUUCAAAUCAGAUACUAAUCUCUUGGACCAAUCUAGCAGCAAUUACCCAUGGUGGGAUUUUUGGUCAUGAAAAAAGAAGAAGCUCUAGCUUAGUCUUUUGAGAUCGAAUAUUAUGGUAUUUUGUCUUUAUAAAUUAUGAUAGAAAGAGUCGUAUAUUGUCUCAGCUAGUCUUUGUAAUUCUGUAUUAAGUAGUAGUAUUAAUACUCAUCAUGCUUUGUAGCUAAGUAGUAAGUUUAAGACUUGAUUUGGAUGAAUAAAGAAUCAAAAGCAGAGAAUAAUAAUAAUAUAUAUAGUUUGUGCGCAGGAAGAUGUAGAGAAUCAAGAUAAGAACUAAGUUUGAAUUUAGUGACAAAACAUCAAUAUUAGG